UGGGUAGCGGCGGCAUUUGAGAACGGAGGCGCGCGGCAGCUCGAGCUCCGGUUGCGUUCUUUAUUACGCUCGUGACCCGGUGCUGACGGUUAACAAGGAGCGCGCGAGGACUAUCACCGUUUGGGUUUCUUUACCGCUUUAAAAAAACUAAUUGGAUAUUCAUCAUCGUCAUCAGCCAUGGAGGUGACUGAAGCCGGCUGCGACCUGACGUACUGCAAGAUGAGGGGCAUCGUGACGGUCCUCACCGCUUUCAUCAAGGAGAGAAAAAUGGGGUUGAAUGACUUCAUCCAGAGGCUGGUGUCCACGCCGCAUAUCUGCCAACACGUUGAGGUGAACAACUUCCUGAAGAGCGACGAGAAUCAAAACGACGACGACGACCAACUUCCUGAAAGUCUGAUGUGCCUAAAUUCCCGAAGUUCACUGGCUGAGGACACUCAGAUCAAACCCUGUGAUUUCGACUACCUCAAAAUCAUCGGCAAAGGCAGCUUUGGGAAGGUUCUGCUGGCUCGGCACAAGGAAUCCACCAAAUACUACGCCGUCAAAGUGCUGCAGAAGAAGAUCAUCAUGAAGAAGAAAGAGCAAAAGCACAUCAUGGCGGAGCGCAGCGUGCUGAUGAAGAACAUCAAGCAUCCCUUCCUGGUGGGGCUGCACUACUCCUUCCAGACCACCGACAAGCUCUACUUUGUCCUCGACUACGUCAACGGCGGCGAGCUCUUCUACCACCUCCAGAGAGAGAGGGUCUUCCUGGAGCCCAGAGCCAGGUUCUAUGCUGCGGAAAUUGCAAGUGCACUUGGCUACCUCCACUCCCUGCACAUCGUGUAUAGGGACCUGAAGCCUGAGAACAUCCUGUUGGACUCUCAGGGACACAUUGUCCUCACAGACUUUGGCCUCUGCAAAGAAGGCCUGACGAACAACGGUACAACAACAACCUUCUGCGGGACGCCGGAGUACUUGGCCCCCGAGGUUCUCCAGAAGCAGGCGUACGACCGCACGGUGGACUGGUGGUGUCUGGGAUCGGUGCUCUACGAGAUGCUCUACGGACUUCCGCCGUUCUACAGUCGCAACACGGCCGAGAUGUACAACAACAUCCUGCACAAGUCGCCCGUGCUCAAGCCCAACGUGUCGAACGCCGGCCGGGAGCUGCUGGAGGGCCUCCUGCAGAAGGACCGCACCAAGAGGCUCGGGGUGAAGGAUGACUUUCUCGAACUCAAGUUCCAUUCCUUCUUCUCGCCGAUCAACUGGGAGGACCUGAUGGCCAAGAGGAUCGUGCCUCCGUUCGUCCCUUCCGUGAGCGGCCCCACGGACCUGCAACACUUCGACCCCGAGUUCACCCACCUGCCCGUCUCCAACUCUCUGUGCAACGACACGCUGACCGUGACCAGCAGCAUCAAGGAGGCGGCGGGGGCGUUCCCGGGCUUCUCCUACGCCCCCCCGGCGGGCCACUCCUUCAUGUGAGCGCCGGGAACUCGCCAGAGACGGGGGACGCGCGUUGGAUCGACAGUCUUAUUAUUUAUUUUUGAUAGAGGGACCACACAGAAGCACAUUUUUAUUUAUUUUUUGGGUGAUCUUGUGCAUGAAAAGUGUGCAGAGGGCUGUUGCCACAACGGGCGGCCAUGUUUUUCGGCCUCGACCUCCCGCGACUCGAACCCGUGUGCCAGGUAUGGACGCACUCUGGUUUCAUGAAGCAUCUCUCACAGCUCCCGAUGGGGGAACACGAAGAGAAGUGCCUGAGGUACUGAAAGGCAGUCUGGAUGGCGGCGGCAUCAAAAACCACGAUACAACCUUUUGGGACUUGCCGCGGCCGCUACGCCACUGAGGUUGAUGCCUCCAUUACGUGUCUCCGUGUGUUAAGCAAACCGUUUGUUAUUUCUGUGCGAAUGCUCGAUUGCACUGGAGAAAAGCAAAACGCUCAACUUUAAAAAAGCAUCGGCAACUUUUGGAUCAGACGGCUUCGCGUCUUUCAUAUCUCCUCGGCGCAUGUCUCCGCUUGGACAAAGAGAGCGGGGCAUGUCGCGAUCGAGAGACACUCUGACCAAACUGUGGCACGAAACUGUGGCACGCUUCAACGCAAUCGUUUGUUUGUCCUCAAAAGAGAAGAUCAAAGUUGUACUGUACUCUCCAGGAGAAGAGGAAGUUACUUAUAUUUUAUUGCAAAACCAAAACUGUUUUAAAUGAACUAAAAAAACAUUCACUCUUUACUUCUUAGAAGGUUCUGCAUAUAUUAGUAAAUUACUUCCCGAUAUAUUUAUAUAUCUGUGACCGUGUUGAUCUAUAUCUGCUGUUUAUUGAUCAGGAGAGUGCGACACAGAGUUCAUCCAGCAAUAACAGACCCACAUCAGUGAUGGCAUUUACGGUAUAUCAAACUAUUUUUAAAUUCAAGAGAUUGCUGUUUUAUGGCAAACACUCCAAACUAUAGAAUCUGUGAUUAAAUGUUUUGGAGGGGUGGGGGGGCGGGGGGUAUUUAUGCAUCAUGUAGUGAGGAACUGUGAAUGUCUUGUGCCUGAUCCAUAUUUACUGUAUGUGUAAAUAUCUCUUUUCCCGAAACACCCUUGGUCCCUAAUCUAGAAACUAAUCCGUAGUAACAAAACAUGCUUCGUUAACUUGAAAAAAGAACCACUGGGUGACGCUGGUCUGGCUUUUCACUGUCUGUAAAACUACUGGCUCGCUGCAUUAUAUGGUUCAGCAAUGUGCAAUAAAAUCUUUAACUCCAAAAGAAUAAUAUUCCUUUCAUUGUUCAGGGCUGUUUUGCUGCAGUUUCCACAUUUUAAGGCGUUUGCGUACACUGUGGAUCUUCAAGCCAGCAGAAAGUAUUUAUUUUUAUUUGGGAAAAUAAGGCAACACACAGUUCUAGGUCAUUUUCUUCCAUAUUUGGAAGCAUAUUUUUAUUUAUUUUGUAUGUAUUUUCAUGCCACUGCUCCUGUAUAAAAGAUAAUUUACAUGAUCAACUGAAAUUAAUUGUGUAAUCUGUCAGAAAUGGCAAUUAAAUUCUCGAAAUUCAAA